CAUUCCACCUCAUGCUAACUUCUCUUAUCCUUUUAUUUAUCACAUUCCAAAGAAACACACUCUCCUUCUACAUUCUCUUCUCUGCAGAGUUUUCUGGUUUCUAUUUCAAACCCAUUUUGCAAAAUUCAAGAAUUAUUGAAUAGUUUUUGCUUAUAAUUAAAUACACGUCAAGAUAUAUGGUGUGAAAAUAAGUGACAACUUAUGACUCCCUUAUUAUUCCUUUAUGUGAAUUUAUAGUAGAAAUUAACAUGUCUUGCCUAUUGCAUCAAUUCAAGUGUUUGCCUGAUACUUUUGCCCUUAGCUUCAAAACCCAUCAACAGUCUGCCCCUCAACUCUCAAAAGGUAGAGAUCCUUCUCAAUUGCGGACUCAAUGCGUCUUAUCCACUACAUCAACAGCGGCAGCUACAGUGCUUGAUAUUGAGAGGCUACAGUUACCGUCUAUAGACAGAUCAUGGAAAGCACCAACGGUAAAUGCCACAACCACAGAAAUAGAUGUACAGAAGCUAAAAUUGCAGUCGUUGGAGGCUCAUUCACCGGGAUACAGUGGAGGAGUUGCUCUGUCCACUGAGGCAAACACUAAAUCGGCUUUAGCUACUGAAAAUCUUCUUACGGGUGAAGAAGCUGUAAUAGCUGCUGCUGCUGCUGAAGCAGUUGCUUUGGCAAAAGCUGCGUUAAAAGUUGCAAAAGAUGCUGUGAUGAUGGUCGGCCAUAACAACUCAGAUGACACUGUGGCAGGUGUGGAUACUACCCAGCUGUCUGAGAGGUUUCAACCUGGCGAGACGGGGCGAAACAGCAUAGUUGGGGAGCUAAAGGCAAGUGAGAUGAAAUGGAGCGAAAGUAAUUCAUCCGGAAACUCACAUACAGAUUCUGAGGACCUGGAACCAACACAUGAAGAGCUGGAACUUCUUCAAACAGAGCUUUUAAAUGGUAUAGCUGUAAGAUCUAAACGUCAAAAUGAACGGAAGGCUAGAAGAGCUAGAGCAGCAGAGAGGGCUGCAGCCAAUGUUGUGUCAGUGAAGUCCGGUUCCGCAGGCCGAAAAAAGCGUGCGUCAGUACAAGAUGUUGAUUACUCUGAUCCAUUGCGUUACUUGAGAGGAACAACAAGUACUUCUAGGCUGCUCACUGCAUCUGAAGAACAUAAGUUAUCAGAAGGAAUACAGGAGCUACUGAAGUUGGAAAGGCUUCAGGAGGAGCUUGCAGAGCGCUGUGGGGGUCAGCCCACUUCUGCACAAUGGGCUGCUGCAGCCGGAGUUGACCUGAAGACCCUAAGGAAGCGUAUAAACUAUGGCAUUCUUUGUAAAGAUAAAAUGAUUAAGAGCAACAUAAGGCUUGUUAUAUCGAUUGCCAAAAAUUAUCAAGGAGCAGGAAUGAAUCUUCAAGAUUUGGUUCAGGAAGGAUGUCGAGGCCUUGUAAGGGGUGCUGAAAAGUUUGAUGCUUCAAAGGGUUUUAAGUUUUCAACAUAUGCUCAUUGGUGGAUUAAACAGGCCGUUAGGAAGUCGCUUUCUGAUCAAUCCAGGACAAUUCGGUUGCCGUUUCACAUGGUCGAGGCAACUUAUAGAGUUAAGGAAGCAAGAAAGCAAUUAUAUAGUGAAAAUGGUAGACAUCCUGAUGAGGAGGAACUAGCUGAAGCAACUGGAUUGUCAAUGAAGAGGCUCACUGCUGUGAUGCUAACUCCUAAAGCUCCAAGAUCACUUGACCAGAAAAUUGGAUUCAACCAAAAUCUCAAACCUUCGGAAGUGAUUGCAGACCCUGAAGCCGAAACAUCAGAAGAGACAUUGAUCAAGCAGUUCAUGAAACAGGACCUACAGAAGGUUUUAAAUACCCUGAAUCCAAGGGAGAGGCAGGUUAUUCGAUGGCGAUUUGGACUGGAAGAUGGGAGGAUGAAGACAUUGCAAGAGAUUGGAGAAUUAAUGAGCGUAAGCCGGGAGAGAAUCAGGCAAAUUGAGUCUAGUGCAUUCCGCAAGUUAAAGAACAAGAAAAGAACGAAAAAUUUGCAGCAAUAUAUUACUGCUUAAGAGUCUCCAGAAAAAUAGAAGUAUUCACUUUCUAUAGUUCAUUGAGUCUUCAUUGUUUGAUAGGAAAAGUUGGUUCUUCUUUAACAAUUUUUUUUUUUUCAGAACUUUGCAAACAUUUUGUGCAUAAUACAAAAAAUUUGGUUCAAAUGAUUGGAACAUUAAAUUUUCUGUU